AUGUCGGGUAUCUUGAGUAUCAAAGGAAGAGUUGCCAUCGUCACUGGUUCAUCCUCUGGACUUGGCCGAGCAAUUGCUUUGGCCUUGGCCUCAGAAGGUGCUAUAGUUGUCUGCAGCGAUAUUACACCCGUUUUACGAGCCGGUGGAUACGAAGCAGAUAAUGCACCAACGCACGAGAUAAUCGCUAGGACGAGUAAGGCGAUCUUCAAGAAAGCAGAUUCCAGUUCAGCAGAGAAUAUGGAAGCACUUGUCGAAGCCGCAGUGGCCACAUAUGGUCGUCUGGAUAUCAUGGUCAAUAACGCAGGGGUCUUCUGCGGGCAACACCGAGUAGCAGAAGAGUCGGUAGAGGCAUUUGACAAGACAAUGGCAAUUAAUUCCCGAGGUGUCUUUCUUGGAAUGAAGUAUGCCAUUGCACAAAUGAUGAAGCAGGAGCCUCGAGCCUCUGGAGACCGAGGUUGGAUAGUCAACAUCUCAUCGAUUGGUGGCUUGGUGGGGUUGUCAAUGGAACCUUCAUACUGCGCCAGUAAAGGCGCCGUGGUGGCAUUGACCCGCCAGGCCGCCCUUGACUACGCCCCCGAUAAAAUCCACAUCAAUGCUGUCUGUCCUGGAUUUAUACGCACUGCCAUGGUUCGUUCCGCCUUGGAAGAUGCGGCGCUCAACAAGGAGAUUCACGGUGCUACUCCAUGGCCGCACUUAGGCGUGCCAGAGGAUAUUGGAAAAACCGUGCUUUUCCUAAGUGGUGAUGGUGCUAGUUGGAUCACAGGCGCUGUCGUGAACGUCGAUGGUGGAUACUGUGCUCAAUGA